AUUGGACAUCUAACGACAAGUGUCGGAAAUGUUUUCAUGCUCCUCUGAGCAUUGGUUUGUGCCAGGCGAUCAAUGAGCUGUCAGCAUCACAAAAACGGACCGACUGUCAGUUUCGACGCCAUUCAGAUCGCCAAUGCUAGAAUGAAGGGCUCCCACUCUGUCAAGAGGCACCGCAUAACUAUACACACAUCACACACGGAUGGGCGGAAUGAAGUGGCGUCCCGUCCAGGGCGGUCAGGUGUCCGCUGUCGGAACUCCAUCGCCUCCUGUGCCGAUGAACAGCCACAUAUCGGCAACUACCGGCUCCUCAAAACCAUCGGCAAGGGCAACUUUGCCAAGGUCAAAUUGGCACGACACAUUCUCACAGGACGAGAGGUGGCCAUAAAAAUAAUUGAUAAGACGCAACUUAAUCCUACCAGCCUUCAAAAGCUCUUCAGGGAAGUAAGAAUAAUGAAGAUUCUAAAUCAUCCAAAUAUUGUAAAGCUGUUUGAGGUCAUAGAAACAGAGAAGACACUUUAUCUGGUGAUGGAGUACGCCAGUGGUGGGGAGGUGUUUGACUACCUCGUAGCACAUGGGCGAAUGAAGGAGAAGGAGGCCAGAUCUAAAUUUAGACAGAUUGUAUCAGCGGUUCAGUAUUGCCAUCAAAAACACAUUGUCCACAGAGAUCUCAAGGCAGAAAACCUACUGCUGGAUGCAGAUAUGAACAUUAAGAUUGCAGACUUCGGUUUCAGUAAUGAAUUCACUAUUGGGAACAAACUAGACACGUUUUGCGGUAGCCCGCCGUAUGCGGCCCCUGAGCUUUUCCAGGGUAAAAAGUAUGAUGGGCCGGAGGUGGACGUGUGGAGUCUGGGGGUCAUACUCUACACACUGGUCAGUGGAUCACUGCCCUUUGAUGGACAGAAUCUAAAGGAACUUCGUGAGCGGGUGUUGAGGGGCAAAUAUCGAAUUCCCUUCUACAUGUCGACUGACUGUGAGAACCUCCUGAAACGCUUCCUGGUGCUGAACCCUGUCAAACGGGGAACACUUGAGCAAAUCAUGAAGGAUCGAUGGAUCAAUGCAGGCUGUGAGGAGGACGAGCUCAAGCCGUUUGUGGAGCCUGAGCUCGAUAUUUCGGAUCAGAAGAGAAUCGAUAUCAUGGUAGGAAUGGGUUACUCAAGGGAGGAGAUCCACGAAUCUCUAACCAGGAUGAAGUACGACGAAAUCACGGCUACCUACCUGCUGUUAGGAAGGAAGUCCACUGAGUUGGAGGUGAGUGAUUCCAGCUCCAGCAGUAACCUCUCUUUGGCAAAGGCCAGACCCAAUAGUGAGCACAAUAACGGCCAGUCACCAUCUCACCUCAAAGUCCAAAAGAACGUCUCCUCCAACCAGAAACAGCGUCGUUACAGUGACCAGGCUGGUCCAACCAUUCCCUCGGUGGGUUACCCCAAGAGAAGUCAAACCACUUCUGCAGAAAGUGACCAUAAAGAGGAGGGCAGUGCACAGGCACGUAAGUCAAGCUCGUCUGGAAGCCGUGGCAUGGCUCCACCGAGCCCCAUGCUGGGCAACGCCAACAAUCCAAACAAGGCCGACAUUCCUGAUGGCAAAAAGAGCGCCGGUGCCCCUGGGAGCAAUUCUGUGUCUAGCGGUAUGACCAGAAGAAACACAUACGUGUGUAGUGAGAGGAACGCCACAGACCGUCACUCCGUCAUCCAGAACGGCAAAGAGAACAGCCUGAAUGAAAUGUCAGGAUGUGUCAGCACGAGUCCGACGGCGUAUGCUGUUGCUCUCGCCAGCUCAUCGGCUUCUGUCCGUCUGCGCCACCAAAAGGCCACGUCACUCUCGGCCUCCGGACACACCUGCCGCGCCACCUUGCCGUCCAACGACGGCACCUCUGAUCUCUUCAGGCCCAAUACGAGCGCGACUCAGACGAGUCAGCGGAACCCCGGUUCCUCCACGCACAGCAUUAGUAGCGCGACUCCCCCGGACCGCCUGCGUUUCCCACGAGGCACGCUAAGCCGCAGCACUUUCCACGGAGGCCAGCUGAGGGAGCGACGCACAGCCACCUAUAACGGACCCCCUGCCUCUCCAACCUUAUCGCACGAUGCCACGCCACUCUCACAGUCCCGGAGCCGCGGAUCAACAAACCUCUUCACAAAGCUCACAUCCAAGCUCACGCGCAGAAAUAUGUCAUUCAGGUUUACCAAAAGAGUGCCGGCAGAAUGCGAUAGAAAUGGGAGGUAUGAGGAUUCAAGUCGUAAUGUGUCUGGGGAUCAGAAAGAGGAACAUAAAGACGCCAAACCCCGCUCGCUACGCUUCACCUGGAGCAUGAAGACCACCUCCUCCAUGGAGCCCACAGAGAUGAUGCGCGAGAUCCGCAAAGUCCUGGACGCCAACAGCUGCGAUUACGAGCAGCGUGAGCGCUUCCUGCUUCUAUGCGUCCAUGGCGACGGCCACGCCGAGAGCUUGGUCCAAUGGGAGAUGGAGGUGUGCAAACUGCCCCGCCUCUCGCUAAACGGCGUGCGCUUCAAGCGGAUAUCAGGAACAUCCAUCGCUUUCAAAAACAUUGCCUCGAAAAUUGCCAACGAACUGAAGCUGUAAGGAAAAAAAAGUUGAAAAUGUGAAAAAGCAGCAAAAAGGACUAAGGCACAAAACUAGAGUAAUCAAGCUGUACAUUCUUUUUGAACAAGUAGCAGAUACAAGGAUUGUUUUCCUUAAACACUUACAAAGUAUGUACUGAAAAUAUUGUAUAGAAUCAUGCCUUAGGCAAUAAUUUCCUGCAUCUUUGAAGCAUUAUUAAUAUUAUUAUUGUCGUUAUUAUUGUGGGAUGGUUUCAAACUGUAGGAAAACAAUGACGGUUUCAUUUCUAUUUUUUUUUUUUUCGUUUAUGCACUACUGCAGUAGGUACCCUGUGGGGCCAAAAAAAAUUUAACACCAGUGACUGAAAAUGUGUAUUUUUUUAACCAGACUGACAGAAGAGGAACGGUUAAUCACUCCAGUAUUUUUUUUUCUUUACUGUUCCAGCCCUUGAAUGCCAAAACAAAAUGGCCAGCAUUGAUUUAGAUAGGAAAGUGAUUUGCACAUUUCCCCUAAAAGCACCAUUCAUGUCCUUUAUAUCCAUUCCCUCUGCUUUCAUCAACCCCCGUCACUUUUCAGGAUAUUCCCACCUGUUGAUUUUUAGUGCUAGACUGAUGACUGAAGAUGGACAGGAUCCGACAGAUGUUGGUGCCAAGGAGGCGACUCGCGGCCUCAGGAGCAAGUGCACUUCAGGAAACCUCCCGGAUUCAGACGGGCUACUGCAAUGGAACGUUAAGAAUGAGAUCGGGAACGUUUUCCUUCCCGGUCUGUUAAAGUAUUUAGUUUAUUUCUUACAAAGUGUUUUUUAAACGUCUGAAGAGAUGACGAAAUGCUCUCAGAUGUUCUUGAAAUGUCUUUGCUUUGGCUCCGGCCCCCAGGGCGCACCAUAGAGUCAUUCUGGGACACAGUUCAGUUCAGAACUUUAACUUGCCAUUUCUAGGCUUCAGUAUUCACUCCCAUCCCUAAGAACCAUCGGCACUGUUAUUAUUAUUUCAUUU